AUGAAAGCCAGAUGGAAGUUCAAUGCUCAUCUCCCUUCAUGGCUGGAUUCUCUCAAUAUACCCUUCACCUUGAAGGCGCCAACUUUUCAAAACCCAUUUCCAGCAACCUCAAAAUCUGUCCUCAACCAUGCAGACUUGAGCUCCCUUCUUUCGCUUUGCGGCAGAGAUGGAAACCUUAAUCUUGGUUCUUCCAUCCAUGCUCGUAUCAUCAAGCAACCUCCAUUUUAUGAUUAUGAUAGCUUCCCCCGCAAUGCCCUUUUUGUUUGGAACUCUCUCCUUUCUAUGUAUUCAAAAUGUGGUCAGCUGCAGGACGCCGUUAAGCUGUUUGAUCAUAUGCCUGUCAAAGAUGCCGUGUCAUGGAAUACAAUGAUUUCUGGGUUUUUAAGGAACAUGGAUCUUGAUUCGGGUUUUAGGUUUUUUAAGCAAAUGAGUGAGUCAAGGACAGUGUGUUGUAGAUUUGACAAAGCAACAGUGACUACAAUGUUGUCAGCUUGUGAUGGACUGGAGUUCUCUAGCGUGACCAAAAUGGUCCAUGGUUUGGUUUUUGUUGGUGGGUUUGAGAGGGAGGUUACAGUGGGGAAUGCACUUAUAACAUCAUAUUUUAAAUGUGGGUGUUUCAGUGAAGGUAAGCAGGUUUUUUAUGAGAUGCUUGAGAAGAACGUUGUAACUUGGACGGCAGUGAUUUCUGGCCUCGCAAAAAAUGAAUUUUUUGAGGAUGGUUUGAGAUUGUUCAAUCAAAUGCGUAGCGGGUCUGUCAGUCCUAAUUCUUUGACAUAUUUGAGUGCACUCAUGGCUUGUUCAGGUUUACAAGCAUUAUUGGAAGGCCGUAAAAUACAUGGGAUGCUAUGGAAAUUGGGAAUGCAGUCGGAUUUAUGCAUUGAAAGUGCUUUGAUGGAUUUGUAUUCCAAGUGUGGAAGUUUAGAAGCAGCAUGGCAGAUUUUUGAGUUUGCAGAGGAGCUUGAUGAGGUUUCCUUAACUGUAAUACUUGUAGCUUUCACGCAAAAUGGACUUGAGGAGGAAGCCAUCCAGAUAUUUAUGAGGAUGGUAAAAUUGGGAAUUGAAGUUGACCCCAGCAUGGUUUCUGCCAUUCUCGGGGUAUUUGGUGUUGGUACUUCUUUGACUCUUGGUAAGCAGAUUCACUCUUUAAUUAUAAAGAAGAACUUCAGUCAGAAUCUUUUUGUUAGUAACGGACUCAUAAACAUGUACUCCAAGUGUGGAGAUUUGUACGACUCCAUGCAAGUCUUUCAUGAGAUGACUCGAAAGAAUUCAGUUUCAUGGAACUCUGUGAUUGCAGCUUAUGCCCGCUAUGGGGAUGGUUUCAGAGCGCUUCAAUUUUAUGAUGAUAUGAGAGUGGAGGGUAUAGCACCAACAGAUGUUACAUUUUUGUCAUUGCUUCAUGCUUGCAGUCAUGCAGGCUUCGUUGAGAAGGGAAUGGAGUUUUUGGAAUCUAUGACCAGAGAUCACAGGUUAAGUCCACGGUCCGAACAUUAUGCCUGUGUUGUUGACAUGAUGGGGAGGGCUGGACUUCUUAAGGAAGCUAAAAAAUUUAUUGAGGGAUUGCCUGAGAAUCCUGGUGUCCUGGUUUGGCAAGCAUUGCUUGGAGCUUGUAGCAUACAUGGUGAUUCCGAGAUGGGUAAAUAUGCUGCUGAUAAACUAUUCUUGGCUACGCCAGAUAGCCCAGCUCCUUAUGUAUUGAUGGCCAACAUUUAUUCUAGUGAAGGGAAAUGGAAAGAGAGAGCACGCACCAUUAAGAGAAUGAAAGAGAUGGGCGUAGCAAAAGAAGUGGGUAUAAGUUGGAUUGAAAUCGAAAAGAAAGUAAAUAGCUUCGUUGUAGGGGAUAAAAUUCAUCCACAAGCUGAUAUUAUAUUUUGCCUCUUGUCCGUGUUAUUGGAACACCUGAAAGAUGAAGGUUAUGUUCCUGAUAAAAGGUGUAUUCUCUAUUACAUGGAUCAGGAUAAAAUCGAGUAG